GACCCCGACGGGGGCCCCUGGCCGGGGUACCCCCGCGGGCGGUCCUGGGACGCGGCCAGCGGCCCGAGCGGCGCCGGCAAGCGCUUCUUCCGGCACGCGCUGCGCGGGGGCCAGGUGGCCGACGAGCCGUUCUACGUGGCGGUCGUGACGCCGGUGCUGCACUACUGCAUGGGCGGGCUGGAGACGGACGCGGGCGGGGCCGCGCUUGGCGCGGACGGCCAGCCCAUCGCCGGGCUGUGGGUCGCCGGCGAGGCCGCCGGCGGCGUCCACGGCAGCAACCGCCUCGGCGGCAACUCGCUCCUGGACUGCGUCGUGUUCGGCAGGCUGGCGGGACAGGCUUGCGCCCGCCGCCUGCCCCGCGGGAGCCCGCCGGCG